AAAGUGCUGGGUAUUACAGGCAUGAGCCACCACACCUGGCCUCUAUAUUUUUUAAAAAGCUCCGUAGGCAGUUCUGAUGAGCAGGUGGAUUUGAAAGCCACUGGUUUAGACCCCCUCAGCCCUCUCCUGGGCUUACAGGGCAGCACACAGAUCCUCCAUGCACCUUCCUCAGUGGCCUCCAAGUGCCACACUCCAUAAGUCCGUCCAUGUGGAAUCACAGGAGCCGAUGAUGCAAGACAGGAGUCACACAGGGCGAGGGGUGGGCUUGCCCCUAAUCUUAAGGGAGGGCUUGGCAGAAAGAAGAGGCAGGAUUGGAUCGAAUGCAGUAGCUGAGCCUCCUUCUGUCUUCCCGCAUUGAACUGCCUGUACCAUCUCCUCCCUAAGUGGGAUGCAAGUCUGAGCUCCUAGGCGCAUGCUCUCCCAGUGGCCUUAUCCCCAGGCCCUACAGCACCAGGUGCAUCUCCUAGCUCAUCUUCCUGUAGUUCCAGCCCUGUUACCCCAGCUUGUGAAAGGGAGAGGGGCUCCUGCCUCCCAUCUCCACAGCUGGGAAAAUGGAGGCACUGAGCAGCGAAUCAGGAGAAAAUUCGCGCCUCCCAGCUCUGAUCCAGGAGUGGUCCUUCUGCUCCACAGAAAAUGGCCACUGGGAAGAACAGAAACAACAGAAGCUUUGUGAGAAGGCUUCCUGCUACCACUUCCAGACUUUCUCAAUCUUCUCAGGGGGUUGAGUUCCCUCCAGACUCUUGAGCCCGAUGCAAUGCUGGUCUCCCCUAGUCCACUCUCUGAAGUCCAGAGCCCAAGUCCCACAGGAAAGAACCAUUUCCUGUCUGCCCUCCCCCGGCCCCCAGGGCCACCUCUUGACCUUGUAUGAAACCUCUGUCCCACAGCCCCCUGAGCCCCACCUCAGUCCACAGAAGUCUCCUCAAGCCGCUUCAAAUACCCCUGAGCCUUUUCCUUCACCCCACUUCUGCCCCAUGGGUGGCCCAGUAGUCUCUGCCUGUUCCCAGGAUGGUUUGAGCACAUGGAGGGGUCUGAGGGCACCACCAGCCCCAGGAUGGCCUGGGCCCCGGGAGGACUGGGCUAGGUUUCCUGACCAGUGCUGCUUCCCCCGGACCCAGGAGAAUGACCAGAAACGGAUCCGAGCCAUGAAGAAAGUCAACAAGGAGCGAGAACUCAGGUGUCAGCACCUGCGGGAGCUGACCAGGGGCAAGCAGGAGAUGGUGGCGCUGCGGCUGGAGCACCAGCGGCUGAGCGCCAAGCUGCAGGACUACUCCAUCUUCAACAAGUACCUAGAGAAAGUGGUGGAGAACUCCGAGUUCGAGGAGAUCCAUGAGGUGAUCGCCCGCUACAAGACGCUGAUGAGCAUGCACCACGACCUCAUGCAGUCUGCGCAGGAGGGGCAGGAGAAGAUUGAGCAUGCCAAGGCCCGGCUGGCACACUACAUGGAAGAGAAGGAUGAUGAAAUCCUGCAGCAAAACAAUGAGCUGGCAAGGCUGCAGAUGCGCUUUGACCGUGCCCGCAGCAACGUCAUCAUCUGGGAAUCUCGCUGGGCACACAUCCAGAACACUGCUGCCAAGAAGACCCUCCUGCUUGGCACCAUUAAGAUGGCCACGCUGAACCUCUUCCAGAUCGUGAGCAAGCAGCUAAAGGAGGCAACUGAGGUGGCGCUGGAGGACACGCACAAGCAGCUGGACAUGAUCCAGCAGUUUAUCCAAGACCUGUCGGACAUCUGGGCAGAGGUGAAAAAGAAGGAACAACAGCAGGUCCGAGUCUAAGGCAGCAGCCUGGUUCCAGAACGUCCUGAGACAGAGACCGUGAGAGGAUAAGCCAGGAACUGCAGUCCAGUCAGUUCAGCGGGGACCAACGCCCCUGUGCCUUCCUGCUGGAGAGCACCUGGCUGUUUUCCCCUUGGGCCUCACUCAAUCCCUGAAAACAGUCGAUGUUAUAAGAAGUGUGUUCUCCAGUUC